AUGCAGUUCUCCUCUGUCGCCACUUUUCUCGUUGCCGUCAUGGUCAGCCAGACUCUUGCCUCACCUGCUAGAGGAAAUGGGGGCAACACCCAGGCGAGCGGCAAGCAAGGUCAGCCAUGCACUGGGAGCGUUGCGAAUCUCCAGCAGAAGGGAACUUGCAAUGCGAAUGGGAAGUGUGCCAUAGAGAUCCCGCCCAAUGAGCUGGACAUUGUGGCUAGCGCUGAUUGCGAGUAA